GUAAAUGUCUGAUUCACUGUGUAAGCCUCACUAGUUCUGUUAUUUGGUCUUUGUUAAAAGUUCCUUGCAUCACCACUGAACAUGAGAAUUCAUCAUAUAUUAUUAUGCUUUUCAGCACUUGUCAUGAACAGUUUGGCACAUAUUCAAGAAAACCUCAAUGAAGUAAAGAAUGGGAUACAUCCAGACGUCCAAUCAAUCAUUCAGAAUGCCAGGGGCCUGAGAUUGGGAAAUUCAAAGGAAUUGAAACCACAUCAACUACGACGUUGCAAACGAGCAUGGGUUCUAGCCACAUUUGAAAUUACAGAAGAAGAUGAAGGUCCAUUCCCUAAAUUUGUUGCCCAGCUUCAAAAUGACAAAACACAAAACUAUUCAUUGUGGUAUAAAAUUAUGGGUCCUGGAGUUGAUCAAGAUCCGGAACGUGGCUUAUUUGAAAUAAACAAGAACAACGGAAACUUAUAUGUUAAUCGUAAAGUUGAUCGGGAAACAACCUCAAUAUUUAAGUUAACAGUUGACGCUUUGCAAAAACGCACUGGAAAUAUUUUGGACUCGUCACUGAUUUACCAGAUCAAAGUAAAAGAUAUCAAUGACAAUCCCCCUGUGUUCUCCAAUGAUAUUUACCAUGUCCAGGUUUCGGAGUCCACUGCUCCAGGUCAAUGUGUUUUUAAAAUUGAAGCCAUGGAUAAAGAUGAGAAAAAACAUCCCAAUUCAAUUAUUUCGUACUAUCUUGUUUCUGAACCGGAGUCACCAGCUGGAGCUAUGUUUGCAAUUGAUCAAGAAAAUGGAACAAUUACUCUUAAAAAUUGCUUAGAUUAUCAGAAAAUCAGCUCAUACAAACUUCUCAUUCGAGCAAGAGACAAUGGUCUCCUAAUUCAACAUUCCUCCACUGCUACAGUAACUAUUAAUGUGGAAGACAGAAACAAUAACCCUCCUUUCUUUGCCAGUCACACUGCCUCAGCAACUGUGUCUGAAAAUAACGUUAUGGCAGUUAUACUAAAAGUAAAGGUGAGUGACGGAGACCAACCUGGUACCCCAGGUUGGAAAGCAAAAUAUGCCAUUAUACAUGGGAAUGAAAAGGAGAAUUACCAGAUUGAAACCGAACCAGAUACAAACAAUGGGAUUCUGUUACUGAUAAAGCAUUUAGAUUAUGAGCAUGGUCAUGAAGGAAUGCUUCAGAUUGCUGUUGAAAACGAAGAGCCAUUAUUUACCUGUCUAGGCACAAAUGGUGAAAUGAGUACUGCAGAAUCACAGAUAAUGACAGUAUUUAUCAAGGUGUUGGAUGAAAAUGACCCACCAGUUUUUGACCCACCUGAAAUGGUCGUCAAAUGUAAAGAAGGUCUUUUACCUGAAGUUGUACUGGGGAGAAUGAAUGCCACAGAUCCUGAUAAUAUAUUUAAAAACCAUAUCAGGUAUGUAAAAGCAUAUGAUCCUGGAGAAUUGGUAUCUGUAGAUGAAGUGACUGGUGUAGUCACAACAUUGAAAGCAUUAGAUCGAGAGGCACCCUACAUGAAUGGAAGCGUUUAUGAUAUUAUUAUUCAUGCAGUUGAUGAUGGUGUACCACCUUUGACUGGGACAGCCACUCUGCACUUACACAUGUCAGAUGUUAAUGACAAUGCACCAUAUUUAGUCAACAAAAAUCAACAUAUUUGCACAAAUGGUAAGGCACGCUCCAUCACUAUUAUGGUAGCAGAUGAUGAUGAAAAUCCAUUCAGUGGUCCAUUCACUUUUGAAAUACUGGAUACCAAAGUAUUUGGAAAGGAGAUGUGGAAAUUAUCAACAGCAUAUGGCAUGUCUUCACAGCUUAUAAGUCUGCAAGAUCCCCUACCAGGAGUUUAUGCUGUGCCUUUUAAGAUCUAUGAUCGACAAGGAAUUAGUAAUGAGAAUGUAUUGAAUUUGCGUGUUUGUCAUUGCCCAGAUGGGGUUACAUGUGAAAGCCUGAAAACCCAUAGAUCAGUUGGUGUUGGCACAGCCAUUGGUAUUCUGUUUGCCUCAUUGUUAUUACUCCUUAUUGUUUCAUGUUUAUUUUUGUUUUGUCAUUUCACCAACAAGAUGCAAACUAAUUUAGCCCCCGAUGAUAAGCCUAAUGGGACAUUAAUACAAUACAAUGAAGAAGGAGGUGGUGUACCAAGCUCAGCUGAUUUUAUUUUGCGAUUUUUACCAGAACAAAAUGGUCACUUUUUCACCCAUGGUUUUGAGACUUCAGGCACUUUGCGAACAGAGGAUGAGAAUACGUACAAGCAUAAAGGAUUCUUCCAGCCUUCAAUGGAAAACCUAACCCCAGUGAACUCUUCACCUGGCUAUGGCUUCAAUAAUCAGAAUGGCUUGGAAAAUGCUGUUGGAAUAAAUUUCUCUGAGUCAACUGUGUCUCCAACUAUAAACAAAAUUGAAUCCAGACAAGUCAUGAGCAGUAAUCUAGGUGACCUUAUUUACCAGAGAGUUCAGUUCUACAAUGACAAGGAAGACCUUCAAGACCAUUGCGCACCCCAUGUUUAUAUGCAUGAGGGGAGAGCUACAAGUAUAAUAUCCCUUGACAGUCUCACCAAUCCUGAGAAAAGAGAUGACUUCAAUUAUCUUAAACAACUAAAACCAAAGUUUAAAACAAACAAUGAAAUUUGUCAGUGAUACCCAUUUAAAAAAUCCAGUGUAAUUAUAAAAACUUUCUACAGAUGACAAACAUGCCCUAUCAUGGUAAGCCGCUGUUAAGAACAAAUUUCAAUUUAUUGCAUAGAUUUUGGAAAAUGUCUGGAGAUUUGAUCACGCAUAUCUAUGUUUCAAGAGCCAAAUCAAUUCUUAUAUAUCCAAAAGGGCAAACAGAGAGCAGGAAUGCAUUACCCUCUAUAUCAAACCAAAUUACACUGUUGGCAUCAGAAGCACACAGCAAAACAAUUUGAAUUCACAAAUGCAUUACUUAGUUGGUGAGGAUAUUUUUAUGAUUUUCUUCUGCCCCUGCACGUGAUUCAUUACAUGCUGAAUUGCCUAAGGAAGACAAACUUCAGCUGUUCUGGGUCUUGCUGGAGAUUGCAAAAUCUUGAUGUGGAUCAUUAUACACUUGUGCCCAGUGACUCUUCAUGUGUAGGUGCUGAUGGUUACUUCUCACGGCAGCUUCAUAUUUGAAUUUGUAUAUAACCAUUUUUGUGAAAGGAAGUGUGUUUUUGACAGUUUUAUGAGAAGUUUGGUAAGACUGGCUGCAUGUCCAAAUGUUAAUCAGGAAUAUAACAUGCUUUUUGAAGGAAAGCUGACAGGUCCACACAAUGUUCACCCUAUCUGUGCAUGCCAUUUUAAAACAAGUUUUGAAUGCUUGUUUCUAUUUCCAAGUUAGAAUUUGGAGAUUCGAAUUUUACAAUAUAUCUACUCUUUUCAUAACUAUACUUGGCAAAUAACAAAUUCAUAAAGGUACUUUCUUACUUUCUUAUUUUGAAACACAGGUGAAGGGUCAAUAUUCAAUAAUGAAAGUAGUAUUGAGGUUUAAAAUUUUAAAAGUAUAGCAAAAAAAAUGUUUACAUGAUAUUAAAUGAUGUGAUGAAAAUGUAUGAAUAUUAUUGGAUAAAGAGAGGACUUAGAUGCUUAGAUUUAUUAGUUUUUCUUGUGACAUAUUUGCAUUUUGCUUUGCUGCUUUAAUAUAUAAGGAGUGGUGAUUUUGGUGUUUAGUUUAAAAGGAUACUUUUUAUGUACUGUAUUUGCAUGAUGAAACAGCUUUGUUUUACCGAAAUACAAGGAUCUUUCCAGUUCCUUAAUAUGCUGGAAACUGCAAAAUGCGUUAAUUGUAUUAUCACAGAAUCUUCUGGGUCAUUCUAGAUAAAUAUUUUAUGAUGUUGCUAUGGUGAAUUGUUUACUGGGUUUUCUUUCAGAUGUAUGGACAUGUUUUUGGGACAUUUUCCAAAAAUGUUACUU